CGUACGAACUGACGCACACAUGCAGCUCCGUAUAUAAGUCAACCUCGGACAGUACUCGCCAGGCAUCCCAGCUCCUCCGCCGUUAACAUGAGGACGUGGAUUAGCUUAACCGUAUUGUCCGUGGCGGUGGUUAGCACGCUGAGUUUUCCACGUCCUGAUGCCGAGUACAAGAUUCCGACCGUAGGCCUCGGUGCCAGGUCACAAUACUAUGUUCUCCACGACGACGGGACCUUCAAGUAUGGCUAUGACACUGGUGACGGAGCCUAUGAGUCGGCGAUGGCAAAUGCUCCCGGGGACGUCUCUGGCUCCUUUGGGUACAAGGAUGCAUCCGGGGCAGACAUAAAGCUGGAUUAUACAGCUAAUGACCAAGGCUUCCUUGUCAGUGGAUCUCAUCUACCAGUUGCCCCAGUGGCUGAUACUGCUCCUCUCGUGUCCACCAAAAGCGCGGCUUCCACCUACGAUGUUCCUCCCGCUCCUUCGCGUUCUGUAGUUGCCUCCCAACCAGCUGCACCCUCACAGCCGGUAGCCGCAUCAGCACCGCUUGAAGAAUCUCAAGUACGAAGCUCUGCUCUUGGCGAUGGAAGUUACUCUUUCUCCUACGAGAAUCAGAGAAGCUCACGUCACGAAACAGCAGAUGCUCUCAACAACGUCAAGGGAAGGUAUUCCUUUAUUGCUGAUGAUGACGUAAAUAGGCAAAUCCAGUACAUUGCUGGAGCUGACACUGGUUACAUUGCUGAAGGAGAUUCCCUUCCUCAAGGACCACCUGUUCCAGGCGCAGAAUCUGGAAUUCCAACUGGACGAAUUCUUCCUGUUCUGUCUGAGCAACAGGCUAACGAGCUUGCUGCUGCCACUUCUGGUUCUGCAAGUGCUAGCCCUUUGACUGCUGCCACCUACAGUUCUCCUCUUGACUCUGCUCCAAGGGACGCUUCUUACUCUUUCAGUUAUGAUGCUGGUCAAAGCUCUCGAUCGGAAAGUGCUGAUCCCAACCUUAACGUACAGGGAACUUUCAGCUUUGAUGCCGAUGAUGGCGUUCGAAGGACUGUGAACUAUGUUGCUGGAUCUGCUACUGGUUUCGUCGCUGAAGGUGAUCACUUACCUAUUGCUCCAGAUGUGCCAAGUUCUGACUCUCACACUCAGUCUUCCAGCCCAGGUGUUGUGUCAACCAAAACUGCAUUUCUUGCCCCUUCACAUGCUGCCCAUCCUAAGCCUGUUGCCCCAGCAGCACCAGCUGAAGAAGCUCAAGUACGAAGUUCUACUCUUGACGAUGGAAGUUACUCUUUCUCCUACAAGACUCAGAGUAGCUCACGACAUGAAAGUGCGGGCGCACAGAACAAUGUCAAGGGAAGGUAUUCCUUUAUUGCUGAUGAUGACGUAAGUAGGGAGAUCCAGUAUAUUGCUGGAGCUGACACCGGAUACAUUGCUGAAGGAGACUCCCUUCCUCAAGGACCACCUGUUCCAGGCGCAGAAACUGGAAUUCCAACUGGACGCAUUCUCCCUGUCCUCUCUGAAGAAGAAGCCAAUGCUCUAGCAAGAGUCUCACCUCUGCUUAAGUCUGGAGAGGGGAGUGACAAUGCAGACACUCAGGCAGAUGCUUCAUACAGAUUUUCCUUUGAUUCUGACAGUUAUUCACGGACUGAGGAAGCUGAUGCUGAUGGCAACAUUGUCGGAAGCUACACCUACGUAGAUGAAGAUGGAAAAGAACAUACUGUUAACUUUGUAGCAGGAAGGAAAAUUGGAUUUUCCCCCGAGGGAUUCCCUCAACCCACAGCAGCUACAGGAGAUGCAACACCUAUAGCAUCUGCUUCACCCAGACAUUCGUCACCUUCGAAAUCAAGCGAUGUUACAGCUGCCCAAGAUGCCAGUCCUGUAGCAGUAACGAAAGCUGCUGAAUCUACAGCAACGUCCGGGAGUCACACAUCGCAGGUCGUAGGCGACGUUCUCCUUCACCAGUAUAAUGCUGUGAAUAAUCCGAAAUAUGGUUACGUAUUCACGGUUGUCCGCUAAUUAUGAAAAUAGGCCUCUGACAUAAAGCAUUUCCAGUUUCAACCUCAUAAAACUAAAGGAUGUUUGUCGUAUCAGUCCUAGGGAAACGAAUACGGGUGUUGGUCCUACAUUUGUUUUCUCUUUUCUUCUAUAUAUUUUGCUCGAACAAGAAAUGUAUAGAAAGAUAAAAAAGCACGUUCUUGGAAUUCCAAAACGGUGUCAGCAAAGCAUGUAAAAUCAAUAAAAAUGCAAUGAAAAGG